AUGUCAUCACAACCAGGCCUGAACGUGAUCGCCCUAGUCUCAGGCGGCAAAGACUCCCUCUACUCGAUCUUGCACUGUAUCCGCAACGGCCAUAAAGUAGUUGCCCUGGCAAAUCUCUACCCGAAACAAACCAAAACGACUGCCCCAGAUGACUCGCAUGAUGCACACGAGGAUGGUGACGAGGAAGAAGAGGAUAUCGACAGUUUCAUGUACCAAACAAUCGGCCACAGCGUGAUCCCGCUGUAUGAAACCGCGCUACAGAUUCCGCUGUAUCGCGGCGCGAUUACCGGCGGCGCGGUGGAUACGUCUCGGGUUUACAGAAACACGGCCACUGCCCACCAACAGAAUGACAGGGCAGGGCAAGGCGAGGAAGACGGAGACGAAACAGAGUCUCUAAUCCCGCUUCUGCGAAGCGUGAAAGAAGCGCACCCAGAAGCCAACGCUGUUUCCGCGGGCGCUAUUCUCUCCACAUACCAGCGCACGCGCAUCGAGGAUGUCGCUGCGAGACUACAUCUCGUGCCAUUGGCGUGGUUAUGGCAGUAUCCCGUUUUACCGCCGCCGGUGGAGCGCAAGGAUGGCUCUGCGUUGUCUGCGAAUAUCGCAGAUGCGGGCUUACUAGAGGACAUGGCUGCUGUCGGCUGCUCGGCACGGAUUAUUAAGGUGGCCUCCGGCGGUCUUGAUGAUACAUUUCUUUGGGAAGAUGUGUCUAGUAGCUUCUCGUCUUCGACGAGAGGACGCAUUGUUAAAGCGAUGAGGCGGUUUGCGGAUGCAGAUGUGGGGGGUGUGAGGGGGGCGGUGCUGGGGGAGGGAGGGGAGUAUGAGAGUCUUGCUGUGGACGGGCCGGGAUUCUUGUGGAAGAGGAGGGUUGAGGUGCUGGGGAGAGAGGUUAAAGUUGGGGAGGGAGGUGUUGGUUUUCUGGGGCUGAGGGGGGCUGUUUGUGUUGAUAAGGAGGAGGAUGAUGGUGUGAAGCCGGGGGAUGUGAGGAGGCCGGGGGUGUUGGAUGAGAAGUUUGAUGCGUUGCUUGAUGGAUUGAGUCUUGGAGCAGAAGCAGAAGCAGCAGCACCAAGAGUGUCCGAACAAUGGCAGUGCGAACCUGUCCAGGCGAACAAUGGCGGGCUAUGGACGAUAUCCAACCUCAGUGCACCAGAAGCCGGACCCGACGCUGGCAAGCAGAUGUCUGCCAUCGCAGAAAAGGUGAAAACCAUUCUAUCUACAGGUGACAACCAAUCAACCGACGACAUCGUCUUCGCAACCGUUCUCCUCCGCUCAAUGACCGACUUCACAAGCAUGAAUAACAUCUAUGUCUCUCUAUUCAAGAAACCCAAUCCACCAGCCAGAGCAACGGUGGCCUGCGGCAGUGCUCUACCCGAUGGAGUAAACAUCAUGGUUUCCUUCGUGGUUGAUCUGGGCCCGCGGGAUGCGCGACAGGGACUACAUGUGCAGUCGCGGUCAUAUUGGGCACCCGCGAAUAUUGGCCCUUACUCGCAGGCCAUCUCUGUCCCGGUCCUGGCUCCGGCAUCGGAUCAGGAAUCGAGCAAGUUGGUGUACAUUGCCGGCCAAAUCCCACUUGAACCCGCAAGCAUGGAAAUGAUUACUUGGGAGACACUGUCACAGCAGAAGCAAGUACAGCAGUCAUGGAUGGCGGAUUACGCUCUACGCGCGGUUCUCGCGCUGCAGCAUUUGUGGCGAAUCGGCGCGGCCAUGCAGGUUGAUUGGUGGGUUGGCGGCGUUGCUUUUUUGACGGAUGACGGUAACAAACACAUCCAAGCCAAAGCCCGACUCGCCUGGCAAGCAUGGGCGAAGAUGCACAUGCGACCUGAAGAAAAUGGCGACGAGGAUGACGAACCAACCCUCGAUGCAUGGGAUCUCAAAUACGGCCGCAGGGACUACGUAUACGAGCAAACAUCCUCGACAAAAUCCGGACCGGGAUUACCCAAUUUCAACCUCCUGCAGAAACCCGAUCCCGCCGAUAUAACUACAAACACCAUCCCUCCAUUCCUUGCAGCGCAAAUCUCCGAGUUGCCGCGAGGCAGCGAUAUCGAGUGGCAGGGAUUAGGUUGCGUAUGUGACGAGGUGAGCGUGACGACGGAUAAGCCCGUCGCGGAGAUCGGCGUUGGUGCUGAUGCAUGCACUACCGCCAUCGAUAAGAAACUAAACUACAUCUGCGUUGAGAUCGGUGAAGAUUCUGGGUCAGAUCUGGAAUCGAGGCUGCAGGGCAUUCUGCGGGUUUAUGGCCAGGGUCAGGAGCAUAUGGUGCUUUAUACGGCGAAGGCGCUGAGGGAUGGGUUUGUGUGGCCGGGUCAGAUUGUGCCUUGUUUGUCGGUUUGGGGGAGGGAGGGGAGGAGGUUGGGGGGUGGGGUUGUUAUACAGUGCUCGUAG